AAUAUACACCAAGAUCGAACGGCGCAUUGCUGGCGCUCUCUCCGUCGCUACGAGCUUGAGCGGGUUCCACACGUCGCUGCACCUCCCUCCUGUCUACAUACACCCCGCACACCCCGGCCCUCUCGAUCGCGCUAACACACGGACAUGCUUCCCGCCCCGUGCAGACCCGGCGACUUCCGCCUCGUCCGCUUCUGCUCGCCGAGGCCGGCGCCGUUCUCCAUCAACAACGCGGCUCCACGCCGUCAUCGGCGCCUGCACCGUAGUCUUGAUGCACAGAUGAGCAUGCGCAAGUCGUCGUCGGUGGUGGCCGCGAGCCUGAGCCGGCGGGAGGAAGCGGUGGCGCGCAUGCCCCCGCUCGCGCACCGCGAGGUGAUGCUGGCUCUGGCGGGCGAGUCCGAGGCGCGUCUCGGCGAUCGGCUGAUGCCGUCCGAGGUGCCCGCGGACGUCACGGACUUCCGCAACGCCGCUGGCGACGCCCUCGGCUCCGUCGACGUCCGCCGCGGCACGCCCGGCUCGUCGAUCGACUUCAUGCUGGAGGCGUGGUUCCACCGGGACCUCCCGGGCGGCAGAGGGGCCAUCGACAUCACCUCGCUGAUCGUCUUCCUCAACGGCGCCACCGACGCGCCGCACUUCCUGAUGGAGCUAAUCCAGGGCGGCCCGGCGUCGCUGGUCGUGCUCCUCGACCUCUUCCCGCGCCGGGACCUCCCGCUGCACCCGGACUACAUCGCCAGGUACUACGAGGGCACGGGCGUCGACGCCCACCGCGGGGCCAUCGAGGCGCUGCCGCAGGCCCGGCCGUACGUCUCGCCGUCGCUGCUCGUGCGGAGCCUCUGGUCGCCCACGGCGGUCGUCGUCGACGUGCAGUGCGGCGAGCAAGGGGCGGCCGCGCCGCUCGACGGGAUCGUGCGCGGCCAGAUCGCGGAGUCCGCCAGGGAGGUCCUCGGCGUCUGGCUCGAGCAUUGCGCCGGCGCGGGGGCGGACAUGGGGAUGAUGUGGGAUGAGGAGAGGGAGAGGAUGGUGGCGAGGGACAAGAUGAUCUCGACUACGUCGGUGGAGCUCAAUUUGUCGGCUAACCUGCCUAGGAUGUUCGACGCCGAUGUCUCCAGCAGGGUCGUCGCCGAGAUCGGCAAGGCGUUCACAGGGCGCUAGAUCGAGAGAACCCCUCCAAUGUCGCUCUCCCUGGGCGACCUGACACCUGAGAGGCUGGGAAGCGACCACGGCCCAGCUGGCCUCCCUCCGUCUACUCCUCGCCACAGUUGGCCCGUCUCCGAAGCAUGCGGGUAGACGGGUAGUCUGUCUGUGACUCUGUGGUGGCACCCCCUGAACUCCGGUGGUUAGUGUGGGCUAGUGGCCGUGGGUCUGGCGCUCGACUGCGGCGUGGCUGUGGAAUUUCGCGCCAUGCACAAGGAGCGAACCGGGCGCCUGUGGUGUGUGCGGCCUCGGCGGCGUGGGCCUGGUGGUGCGGGCGAGGCGACAUCCACACCUUCGUGGGCCGUUGACACCUCUUCAGCCGUUGCGGGUGCCAACCGCCUUGCCAUCUCCCCAGAUUGGCUGCAUCAACGACGCCAGAGAAGGCGGAGGCAAUUCCAAACUUUUUUUUACUUUCGCGAUUUUUGGUUGAAUAUUCACACGAUGAUGGUUGGGAGUUGAGUUCUCUGGAGUUAAAAGUUGACUUCCGGGUCGAAACAUAAGGUGUAUCCAGUGCAAGUAUGGGUUACUGAGACAAGAGUUAUGUGAGAAACAUGUUUAAGUAGGUAUUUUGACUUUUGGUUCACACCUUUGAGCUGCACCACACAUUUGAGAUCUAGCGGUGCACGUGAAUAGUUUGCACGUUUGUACCAAAAAUGGCGUUGUCAGUAAAUUACACCAGCAAUAUGUGGAUAAUGUGGCAUAAACA